GGAGAGAGAACAUCACAAACUCCCUAUCAUUGAAUACUCCAUCUAUCAUUGUCCUUAAAGGGAUUACAUAUCCAAUUUCUUAGAGAAUGACAUCAUCUUCAUCAAAUCUCUCCAAUAUGAACAUUGGAUACUCUCCAACCACUUUAUCAUCAAAUUGUGGGAUUGAACCUUUAACUGGCACUAAUUUUGCGUCAUGGAGAGACAAUGUGAGACUGACCCUUGGAGUUAUGGAUCUUGAUUUCGCCCUAAGACAUGAUCCCCCCUGCUCUCACUGCUGAAAGUAUUCAAGAGCAUAAACGAGUGUAUGAACAGUGGGAGAGAUCAAAUCGCAUGUCUCUUAUGAUCAUAAAGAAUUCCAUCUCGGUUGCCAUUCGUGGAGCCAUUCCGGAUUCGGACAAUGAGAAAACUUACUUGGACUCCGUAGAGGAGCAAUUCAAGGGCACCUCCAAGGCUCAUGCGAGUACAUAUCAUGGAAUGUUAUUGAUGAAUUUGAUUAAGGGACUUAAAAUAGUUCACUCCAUUUCAAGACCGUUGAAGAUUUACUGUGAUAAUUCUGCCGCCGUAAGCUUUUCAAAUGGAAACAGUUCGAGCGGGGCUGGAUUGUAUCUCGAUACAAAGUUCUUGUUUGUACGUGAACGAGUUGAAGAAAAUAAUCUUUCUAUCGAGUACAUUAGCACUCAUGAUAUGCUUGCGGAUCCGAUGACAAAAGGUCUACCACCCAAAAAUUUUCAGGAACAUGUGUUGAGAAUGGGUUUUAGUCGAGACCUUACUUGAUUAGCAUAGU